AUGAGAUAUAUCAUCAUUUUUAUUUUAUUAAAUUUAAUUUUAUUAACCACAGCUUUUACACAUCACCACCAUGAUGGUGAUAGUUCAAGCGAUAGUGCCGACAAUAGUGACAGCAAUGGAUAUCCAUCUUUCAAAUCAGGUGAUAUUUUAAUUACAGAUCCAUCAGCACUUUAUCCAUCCACAGUUUUCGAAUUUACAACCGACGGAGACUCUGUAUACAAUUACUCAACACAAUUAGAAAAAGAUCCUUCUACUACAUGUUUUCCAGUUGAUAUAGGAUUUUUAGAUGAUUCAACUUUAUUAUUAUUAGAUGGUUUUCAAGGUAUUUUUUAUUCAUCAAUGGAUGGAAAAGUAAAGGGUAUUUGGAAUAACUUAUCACCAAAAACUGCAAAUCUACCAGGUUGUAGUCAAAGCAAAUUAACAGUUGACAAUGUCAAUAAUUUAAUUUAUGUUGCAAGUUCUAAUUUGAAUUGCGAUUAUAAUUAUGUUCCAGGUAUUUUUGUUUUAAGUAUGGAAGGUAAAUUGUUAUAUACACUCGAAAAUAGUGAAUUUAACACAACCACAGGUAUUUAUGGUGAUAGCAAUGGUAAUAUUUGGAUUACAGACAUCAAUGAAAUUUUUAUUUAUAAUAUCAAUCAAAAAACAUAUAAAACCAUUGACCCAAUUGGCAAAGAUAAGAUUGCUUACAAUGGUAUCAUUAUUGAAAACAAUGAUGUAUAUGUUAGUGUUCCAUCCUAUCAAGGUGAUAUGAUCGUUCAGUUAAAUUUGGACGGUAGUUUGGUUAGAGCAAUUAAAAUGAUUGGUUAUUUCGAUGGAACUACUUCAGGUUACCCAAGUUCUUUAGCAUUAACAAAGAAUCAUAUCUAUGUCGAAGUACCAUAUGCUUCAAAAAAAGAAAAACCACCAGGUUCAUCAAGCUCAGGAUCAGACUCUGAUUCAUCUUUUGAAGGUUAUUUCGAAUUCGAGCUUAGUUCAAAUUCACAAAAAGUAGAUGUUGUUCAAGCUUACGAAUUAGCAGAUGGUUCAUUCUACAAAUCUUGGGGUGGUCAUAGCUGCAAAGAAGAAAAUAUUUUAUGUAUCCCAUAUAGAGGUUUUGUUAUAGUUCCAUAG